GUCUAACAACGAUUUCGUUUAAUAAUAAGUGCAGUCAUAUUUUUUAACAAACAAAAUUAUUUAUAAACAAAAAUGGCGCUUGUGCCUACAUCUUAUGACGGUUUCCCGCGUGAACUCGAUCGCAGAUAUUACUAUUCUCCAUACGAUUUCCAACAAUAUCCCUAUCUCUGGGACGACGCAAGGUUAUCGUGGCCCACUACCGAUCAUUUACUUCGUCCACUGGAUGACCUGGUAACACGUCGUGUUCGAAAUCAACUAAUACAGUCAUCAUUAUUGGACUGGAGAUAUCCGAUGCGAUGGGAUAAUUACUAUGCCGGAGAGCGUGUACAUGUGGAUGAAAAGGGCUUCCAAGUGGACAUUGAUGUGCGUCAAUUUAAGCCCCAUGAGAUUGUGGUGAAAACAACUGACAACUAUGUGGUUGUACAGGGAAAUCACGAGAAGCGAAACGACGGUAAUGGACUAGUCGAACGACACUUUAUUCGAAAAUACUUACUGCCACGGGGAUUUAAUGCCAACGAUGUAAUUUCCAAUCUUUCAUCGGAUGGUAUUUUGACCAUUAAAGCUCCACCUCCGCCACCAACAAAAUAUUAUGCUCCAAAUGAGCGCCUGGUUCGCGUACAUGAAACAGGAAAACUGGCAUUGCCCUGGAAGUGAAGAAGUUACCACAAACAUAAAUAAAUUAUGUACCUAUAAAUUUUUGUAUUUGUUGUAAAAAGUGCACAAAAUUCAAUGCUAUUUAGUCACAAAUGUGCCCAAAGAAAGUGAAAAAUAGAUCCAAUAGAUAUGUGCAUAUGUAUAUGUAUAUAAAAUUAGUUUCAAGAUGUUUGUAAGUACAAACGCGAAAUAAAUACGUAAGUCAUCAAAAUUUA